AUGAAUAUUGAUACAAAUAAAGAAAACGAAAUAAAUAAAUAAUUUUAAAAUAAUAUAUAAUAAGCAUAAAAGAAUAACUAAUUAUAUUUUAAAGAUCCAAAAGCAUAUUAAUCAUGGGAGCAAAUAGAAAAUGCUAUCUAAACAAUAUACGAAAAAAAAACAUCCUCUCUAUAUUAUCAAGAAUUAUAUCAUCAUGCUUAUCUUUUGACUUUUAAUGGAUAUGGUGAAACUACUUAUUAUUGCCUUAGAAAUUGUUUGGAAAUAGUAAGCCUUAAGAUGUUAGAAUCUAUAGGAAACUAUGAUUAUGAUGAUUUUGUUUUAUAGAAAAUAAUAAAUAUAUGGUCAGAUUAUAAAGUUUUAAUUUAAGUGCUUUAAGGAAUUUUCUUAUACAUGGAUAGCAAUUUUGUAUAACCUAAAAAAUUGUAACCAAUCCAAGUCCUAGGUUAUGACGUUUUCAAAAGAUAAUUUUUAAUAACUAAAUAUAAUAUGUAUAAUAAAAUCAUGGAAAUUGUUUUUUCUAUCAUUUAAAAAGAAAGAAACGGAGAAUCAAUUAAUUCUUCAUAAAUAAAACAUAUAGUUUUAAUAUUGAUUGAAUUAGGCAUAUAUGCCAACACUAAAAAUAAUAAUCCUUAUUAUAGAUUAGGUUAAUUUGAAUAUUAAACCGAUCUAAAUAUUUAUAAGAAAUAUUUCGAAGAAAAAUAUUGUAUAUAAUCUGAAAAUUUUUAUAGUUAACUAAGUUAAAGUUUGAUAAUGAAACUAAGCCCAAAAGAAUAUAUAUUAAAUGCAGAAAAAUUAUACUCUGAAGAAAAAACUAGGAUGUAAUAAUAUUUAGAUCUAUCAUCUUUCUAACAAGUAUCAAAAAUAUUUUUCUCUAAAUGUAUAAACCCUUAUGUUCGUUAAAUAUUAGAAAAUAAUUAUGGCUUAAAUUUUUGGAUAGAAAACGAAGAUGUAGAAGUUUUGAAGAUUUGUCACUUUUUAUUUAAAUAAUUAGAUGAAUCAUAUAACAUAUUUAAAAAUUGCUUCUUUUAAUAUGUAGUUAAAAAAGGAUCAGAAAUGUGUGCAAGAAAAAAUAUCCAUUUAACCAUAUAUAUUGAAGAUCUAUUUGUUUUUAGAGAAAAAAUACACUAUAUAUUACAAGAGUUUUAUAUAAUAUUAGAUAGUUAAGAAUAAACAAAUUUCUAAAGAUAAUGCUAAAAAUCAUUUGAAGAUUUUAUAAAUAGUGAACAAGUUUUUAUUGAAUAUUUAAAUAAUUAUAUCGAUGAAUAAUUUUCAAAAAACUUCAAAGGAAAAAGCGAUUAAUAAAUAGAAGAGAAUAUAAAUUAAAUAUUUGAGCUUUUUUGCUUUAUAAUAAAUAAAGAUGUAUUUAAAAUGUAUUAUUUGAAAAGCUUAUCAAGUAGAAUACUUUAACAGAAAAGUUUAGAUGAAAACAAUGAGAAAAUUAUAAUAAAUAAAUUCAAAAUAGAAUGUGGAAGUUCUUUCACAAAAAAGAUGGAAAUUAUGUUAAAAGAUGUUUAAUUAUCUUAAAAUUUUUUAGCAGAAUAUAAAUAAUAAUUUAAAAAAAUAUAACCAAACCAGAAUAUAGAUUUUCUUGAUAUUAAAAUUUUGACAUGUGGAAUUUGGCCAUUCUAAAAUGUUUAAUAAAUCAAAAUUCAUCCAGAACUUGAACUUCAUAUUAAUUACUUAGAUUAAAUUUACAAAACUAAAUUUGCCGGAAGAAAACUUAAAUGGAUGUUUUCUGUUGGAAAAUCUAUUAUUAAAAGCUUUUAUGGCUGUAUUAAAAAAGAGUUUAUGGUAUCUAAUAUAUAAUUAAAUAUUCUUUUAUUAUACAAUUAACAAAAUCAUUAUAAUGAAAUUUAAAUUAUGCAAUAAUUGAAUAUUAAUUAAGAAUAAUUAAAGACUCAUUUAAUUCCUUUGGUAUAGCUAAAAAUUCUUAACUUUGAAAAUGAAUUAUAUUCCUAUAAUCCUAAUUUCACUUAUAGAACAAUAAAAGUAAACGUUCCUGUUUUAAAAAAAGAAGAUGGAACACAAGAAGAAGGGAAAAAAAAUAUUGAACAAGUCCAUUUAGAAAGAAAAUAUUUAUUAGAAAGUGUUAUUGUCAAAAUUAUGAAAUCUAGAAGAAAAUCUGAUUUUUAAAAUUUAUGUUAAGAAGUAAUUAAACUUUGUUAAUAAAAUUAAUUUUUCCCAGAUAUUUAACUAGUCAAAUAAUGUUUGGAAUCAUUAAUUAAUAGAGAUUAUAUUAAAAGAGGAGAUAAUAAAGAUAUUUUUUAAUAUAUAGCUUGA